UGACAAAUUGACAUCUAACAGAUUAUGGAAUAAAUAAUAAACUAAACGGAAGGUUCCUAACAAACAACCUUUUACGAAGCCCGUAGCGUGUACAACAAGAAGAUUUGUAGGGUGCUGAGGGUGACGAUAUGAGCGAGGGGACGAGACCGGGUGGGUUUCAGUUAAGGGAGUCACGCGGCGGCACGCUAUAGCAUCAUAGCGGGUGCGCUGACAUGGCUGGCCGUGAAGGAGUCCGCAGCAGCGCGCGGCUGAGCGGAGGGGCAUCCGCAGCUGCCUCGACUCCGAGCGCGAGCGAACAUGUCAGCAAAGAGCAGCGCGAAGCGGCGGCGGCGCUGCGGCGAGCGAGGGCAGCGCGUGCGGCCGAGCGGGCGCGCGAGGUUGAGGACAGCCCGCGGGUGCUGCGCGAGAAGUGUCGUCAGCUCGCCAAGGUGUUGCAAGAAGCAAAACAUCUAGUCGUGUAUACGGGAGCGGGCAUCAGCACCGCGGCUGACAUCCCGGACUACCGCGGGCCGCGCGGCGUGUGGACUCGCCUGCAGCGCGGAGAGUCCGUCGGUCGGGUAGAGGUGUCCCGCGCGCGGCCCACGUUCACCCACAUGGCGCUGACGGCGCUGUGGCGGCGCGGCGCGCUCAAGUUCGUCGUGUCGCAGAACUGCGACGGGCUGCACCUGCGCGCCGGCCUGCCGCGCCGCGCGCUGGCCGAGCUGCACGGCGACAUGUUCGCCGAGCGCUGCCCCGCCUGCCGCCGCGUGUACCUGCGCGCCUUCGACACCACCGAGCGCACGGCGCGCCACGCGCACGCCACGCGCCGCCUGUGCCACGACUGCGGCCGCGAGCUGCGCGACACCAUCGUGCACUUCGGCGAGCGCGGCCGCGCCGCCUGGCCGCUCAACUGGGCCGGCGCGCUGCGCCACGCGGGCGCCGCCGACGUCGUGCUGUGCCUCGGCUCCAGCCUCAAGGUGCUGCGCCGCUACCCGCGCCUGUGGCGCAUGCAGCGCGCGCCCAGCGCCCGCCCCGCGCUCUACAUCGUCAACCUGCAGUGGACGCCCAAGGACGCCGUGGCGGCGCUCAAGAUCAACGCGCGCUGCGACGCCGUCAUGGCGCAGGUGGCGCGCCGGCUGCGGCUGCGAGUGCCGCGCUACGACGCGCGCGCUGACCCGCUGCUGGCGCACGCCGAGCCGCUGGCGCCGCCCGAGGCGCACACGACGCGGCGCCCGCUGCUGGCGCGGCCCGCCGGCCCGCCGCCGCCCGCCGCGCACUACGACCUGCCGCCGCCCAGCUCGGCCGAGUCCUCCGCCAGCGACUCGGACGAGGAGCUGCCGCUGUGCAAGCUGGCGCGCCGGCUGCGCCCGCCCCCCUCGCCGCCCGCACCGCCCUCCGCGCCGCCCCUCUUGCACUCUUUCCGCGUUAGCAUGCGGUCGGGAGACGCCACUAUACUGUUAAGAUCCGAGCACGCGCCCGCCGACCCGCCGCCGCCCGAGCCUCCGCCCCCCGCGCCCCGGCCCGCGCCCUGCCCCGCGCCCGGCGCCCUGCGCAGCUUUCGAAUGCCCCGCCCGCCACCGCGCCCGCCCGACCUCAACGGAACCCGCCGGCCGCCGCCCCUCACGAACGGCCAUAGACCGCCCGGCGACCCGGUCAAAGCUAACGGCCUCGACGAGGAGAUCAAAACGGAGAACGGCACCUGGAGCUUCGGUUCGAAACUGAGGAAGUUGCUGGAGUUCGAGCCGAAGAUAGAGUGCGACGCGAAACCGGGCGAGCCGGGCCUCCUCGAGCCGGCGGACGCGCGCGAUGACGACGCCAAGAGCGACGCCAAGGAGGAGGAGGAGCGCAUCGGCGAGGAGAGCGCCUCGCUCGCGGCCGCCAUCAUCCGGCGCGCCGUGCUCGUGUGCCGCGCGCAGCUGUACCCCGGCCUGCACACCAUCCUGGCGCCCGCCGCGCCGCCGCCCGCGCCCGCGUGCGACUGGUGCGCGCGCCACUACUCGGCGCGCCGCUGCCUGUGGUACGGGCCGCCGCGCCUCACGCCGCCCGAGCGGCGCGCGUGGCGGCGCGAGCGGGCCCGCCGCGCGCUGUGCGCCUGCUGCGAGCCCGGCGCCGGGCCCGAGCCGCGCGACGCCGCGCCCGGCGCCGGCGGCGGCUGGUACGGCAAGGGCUACCGCAAGGGCCGCCGCCGCCGCCGGUAG